CACUGCAUUCACCUGCAAAGCAAACGCUUCCAAAUCCUUGCCGUUUUAAGUUUAUUUCCCCCCUCAGGGAACAGCGUCGAGCUUUUCCCCGCCGGCUUCCUUUUCAAACUCAAGCUCACUUUCAGACGAGACCAAACGCGGCCGAAUGGCGAGAGUCACUUCAGCGCUGACAGCGUUUUUGUUGCUCGUGUCCAUCAGAACUUCUAAAGAGUUUGAGAUUGAGGACAUCGUACCAGGACAUGAAGUUGCUGCACAGAUUGGAGAAAAGCUGGUGCUACAGUGCCGCACAAGGGGCUGUAAAUCCCCGGAUUUCUCCUGGAGAACCCAGUUGGACAGCCCACUGGGUGGGGUUGCAAGCCGGCAAGGAAACAGCUCAGUCUUAACGAUAAAGUCUGUUGGCUUUGAAAAUGAGAAUAACUACCUCUGCAAUGCUUUUUGUGGACACGAGAAAAGAGAAAAGAGAGUCAAGGUUGACAUUUAUUCAUUCCCCAGUGAUCCUAUUAUUAAGAUCAACAGCCCACUCGUUCUUGGGAAACCGGCUAAAAUCACCUGCAUUGUUCCUGAAGUGUAUCCUUCUGACCGACUGGAAGUAUCGCUGAAGAAAGAAGAGAAAAUUGUUCACCAAAAAGAUUUUUUUGAGGAGCCAGCUCUCUGGUCACCACAGACAAAAAAUGUGGAUAUUAUCUUUACUCCCACAGAGGAAGAUAUUGGAAAAAAGAUUGCAUGCAUAGCUGAAUUGCCAAUUGAGAAAAUGAAGUUUGAGCCCAAACAGAGGCAGACUGUGCACCUACUCGAUAUACACUAUGGCCCACGGAAUACUCACAUCACUGCAUCUCCAGGCAACACCCUGUUUGAAGGGGAAACGCUGACACUUAGCUGUGCGACUGAAAGUCAUCCACCAGCAAAGGUUGUCUGGAAGAAGCAGCUAGCUAACGAAACUGUCCAGUUUAUUGGAGAACAUUACAAUCUCUCCAUCCCAAAUGCUCAGUUCUCCGAGUUGGGAAUCUACAUCUGUGAAGUCACAAAUGAAGUCACAAAAGAAGUGGAGAAGAGAAUGGUGUCUAUCUCUGUACAAGGUGCCCCUAAACAUCUCAACUUCUCCAUCCAUCCUGCUACAACAGUCCAAGAAGGGGAAAGUGUUACUUUGCAGUGCUCUGCAGAGAGCAACCCUGCUGCCAGCAUCAUCAUAAGGAGGAAAUCUGCCAAUAAGGAUGUCAUACUUGAUAGCCAGGAUGGAUUUGUUCACAUCUCAAGAGUGACCCCUGAUGAUGCAGGGGACUAUGAGUGUGAAGUGAAGAAUGAAUUUGGGGGAAGCAAAAUGUCAGGAACUCUAAGUGUGGAAUAUGGGCCAAGGAACACAACAGUCAGUGUUACUCCUUCUAACACUGUGAAGAAAGGUGAAGCUGUAACUAUGAUUUGUUCUACCUAUGGAAAACCCACUCCAAACGUUUCCUGGAGAAAGCAGCUAGCAAAUGGAGAUUUACAGCUUAUUUCAGAAGAUGCAACCUUAACCAUAGAGAAUGUUGAGGCUGAGGAUAUGGGGCAUUAUCAUUGUGAAGGCGUUAACUGGGUUGGAAAAGACAACAAAGCAGUCGAAUUAAUUGUUGAAGUCAUUUCACCAACUACUCCAGCAUUAACUGAUUGGCCUGGAAGUGUUACUGAAGUAGAAGUUGCUACACAUCAAGAAGCUGUCGACAAAGAAGAUCAGAUGGAAAACGAAACUACCAAAAUUGAUACAAUCACCUUUGUGAAGAAUGUUAUUGAUAAUAUUGGAAAUGGUACAGAAGAUAACAAAACAACCAUCGCCAAAAUGGAAGAACCAGAUUACGUGAUUCCUGUGAUCAUCGUGGUUUCUUGCUUAGCAACAGCAGCAGGUCCCAUGGCAGCAAUAUUGAUUUACAUCUCCAGGAAGGCAAAGAUCAAUGGAUUCUACAGUCUUGUAAGGUCAAUGAAACCAAAAGUGUAAGAAAAAAGAGAGAGUAACCACACAUUUUCUGCAAGUUUAAAUAAGCAGAUAACAUUGUGUAUUACCUUGAAACUUUGGUGGACUUUCUCAUCAUAACUCAGUGUGGGAUGCAUUGAUUUGUCCUGCUUUGAAAAGGACCUAAACCAACAUUAUGCAGUUUCAUAAGACACUGAGAAGGCAGUGUGAUGUAGCAGUGGUUAAUGAGUUGGACUGAGAAGACUCAGGUUUGUCCCCACAGAGCCAUAACAUUCACUGGGUGACUUUGGGCCAGUCGCUAGGGCCACUUUCACAUGAGGCAUUGAUUGUGCAAUGUUUUUUUAUGGGGGUUCAAAUGACUUUGUUUUCCAUUUGUAGUCCUCUUGUGAUUUUCGACCACGAAAAAACCAGUUAAAGAGAGAAAUAGCUGUACAAUGCAUUUUGAUUGGUAGCGCUAGGAGGUGUCCGGAAGCACCGUAUUCCUCAGGUCAACCUACCUCACAGGGUUGUUGUGAGGAUAAAAUGGGUAGUGACAAUGUAUACUGUCCUGAGUUUCUUGGUGUAAUUUAAAAACGUGAUAAAGCUUUUUCUUUUGUAACUAAGCUAAGUGGGGUUGGGAUGCAGAGACACUGCCUGCUAAUAACAGGAGAGAUGUUUGUUUUCGAGUAGAACUGCCUCCACAGAAGGAAAUCCUAAAAGCAUUAGGCCUUCCUUGUACGUAAUAUAUGAUUUCCUGAAAACAUGUGUCAUACAAAGUUGAAUAUUUUAAUUUGCAAACCUGUAAUAACCCCAUUACUUCUGUAUAUAGACAUUUUAUUCUACAAGUAGUAGAAUAGUAGUCACCAGAUUGUUCAAAAAGUAACAUAGCGUGUUUGUAUUAUUGUGGAGCACUUUCUUUUCAGUGUGGAUAUGAAUCCAACUGAAACUGAUCAUUUGAAAGUCCAGUUGAUUUCAAUAGGAGAUAUUUUUAAGUGUGCACUUAAUUCUUUAAUUAAAAUCAUUAGUACUUAAAAGUAUUUAACUAUGGCAGAAAGCAAGGUGUCCACUAAUAACAUAUGUUUAUGGCACCAUGUUCGGAUAUGUACCCCCAUCCUCCCUUUAUGAAUCUAACAGUUUCAUAAAGCUACAUCACCGUGAACUGAAAUUCUGUGAGUAGGACUAUGGGAUUCUAAUGGAGGUUUCUCAGCAGCCUUUUCCAAACUACAGUUCCAACAUUCUUAUUCCACAGUUUAGCUGGUAUAAACUGACAAAGGUUUUUAACGCAGGUAUGUUUUGUGAUUUCAUUCUUGAUGUCUGAAUAAAAUUAAGGCUGGCCCUUUCUACACCUAAGGGUUAUCCCAGGAAAAUGGAGGGAUCGUCCCUGCCUGCUCCCGGGAUCCCCUGUGUCAUUUGCAUGCACAGGGAUGAUCCCAGGAUGAUCCCUGGAAAAAUGGCAGGUGUAGAAAUGGCCUUAGUUUCUGUUAAAGGAAUAGGUUUGUCUUCAUUUUUAAAAAGUGUUUUGACACCCCCACCCACAAAUUCAUGUUGUUGGUACUUUUACUUCUUGCACAGUAUUAUUUAAAUUUGUUCAUAGAAACAGUUUUAUGCUGUGAAAUAGAAUAUUGGUGUUUACAUUACCUCUGUUCCCAUCUGUAAAUCCUCGUUUGGUUGGAUGGCGAAAUAGCCAAACUGCUGUAAAUAGCUGAUGUGUGAUUAACUUUGUAAAUAAAAGUACUUUU